AAGCGUUCAGCUGUUAUUUUUAUAAUAUAUUUAAAGAAUUAUGUAUUCUAAUUUUCAAACGAAAGAAAAUCCGGGUUAUUUAUCACGAUUUCAUGAAAAAUCUGGUCAAAAUCAUCAUUUCUUGCGUAGAAGUUUUUCACAGAUUUCUGAUAAAGUUGAACAUGAAGAACAAUCAAGAGAUACAGAUUCAAAGAUACUUCACUUGAUUUCUUCUCAUAAACAGAUACAUAUGGAUGAAGAAGAUGAUAUUGAAAAAGAAAAGAUAUUUCUUAUGAAGCAGUUACAAAAAACAAAAGAUGAAAUUGAGAAAUAUAGAAAAGAGAUUUAUGCCCUUGAGAGGGAUAAAAGUGAGAAAAAAAGGCGGUCUCAUAAGAAUAUGAAUGAUCUUGUAGAAUCACUUCUUAAUUCGAAUAAUUACUUUUUAGAGAAUCAACCUGAGCCUAAAAUUAUGGCUAAUGAUACAAUAAUAUCCGUAUUACCUAUUUCUGUUGAAAAUCCUAUUCCUCAAUUACGAAUUUUUAAUCAGCUUAAUUUUCAUGAUACAUCUAAUAGAAUUGUUUCAUCGGAAGAGCAUGGUCAUUUGAUUCGAGAACAUUGUUUAAAAGGAGAUUGUUACAAUGGACACGUAUUUUUUGAUAUUAAGAUGCUUGUAGAUGAGGGUACUUUAACAGUUACAUUUUUGGAUGUUAAAGUAUCACCCUGGACAUAUCCAGAAUUACAUGAUUUUCUUUUAUUAAUGAUGGAAGAAAAAAAUAUCAAUAACGUUUUUUAUGGAAUCUCGUCUUAUUCGAAAUUAUCAACUAUACGUUGUGAUUUAUUUUCUCGUUUGUCUACUAAAUACCCGCAACUUUUAUCAUACGAUGAUUAUACAUUUAAAAUGAAUAAAAGGCUUCCAGAAGAAUUUUUCGGUGUUCAAUAUUUGCAUUUUGUUCAUGAAAAUGGCUUUGAAUUGACUUUGCAUUGGAAGAUAAAGAUGGAUAAUAUUACUGCUGAUGCUAGUAGCGAUAUUUCAGCUAAUCCAAGAUAUCCAGAAACAUGGGAACUGUUUGAUGAAAGCAAAGUGUUGAAAAAAAUAAACGAUAUGUUUCAAAAAAUGAUAAAAUACAAAGGAGCUUAUAUUGCAAGUAUUCUUCUAUUAUCAACCCUAUUUCAAGUCGAUUCAUAAUAUUGUUAUUUAUUGGUUAUUUUUAUAUGGAUAACAUUAUAAAGAUAAUAUUGAUUUCAUUAUAAAAAUUCAUUGGUCUUUAAAUACAUAAUAAAUCUGGUGAAUAAUGCCUUGGAUUUAUUUUAUUACAUUAAAAAGAGUAUAAAUAUUUAUUUUUCAAUUCUUUUAACUUUUUACUCAUCACGUUUACCCACCAACUUGGCUUCUUUACGUGCUUUUCGAAGAGUAGCAAAGGCAUCAAAUGACCUCUCUUCCUCAGUAAUAAUACGUGAUUCAACUUGAGUCUUAGUAUCAAAUGAAGGAAUAAUUGUAUCUAUUGACAGAUAGCGGUUUCUAUUACCAUCGUAUCGCUUUUCUUUGUUUUUUUAGUCUUACGUGGGAAAACAAUUAAAUGUGUUUUAUAUAACAUUAGUCGUUUAACAUUUCUUUCAAGAGAUUCAAGACACCGAUUACGACGGCGAUGGUCCACUGAAAUACCAAUUGUCGCUGCAUAUCUUUUUGAAAUACCUGCUGCCUAAUUCAAACAAGUUAUCUUUCAAAUCAAUAAAAAAAGAAAAUUAUGUUUACCUUUAAUUCUUCAAAUGUAAACCCUCGGCCUAGACGCAACUUAUAAUUAUAUUUAACCGUCGGUGCAAAGACUGUUGGUCGUAGCAUUCCAACUGGCCUGGGUGCUAAUCUUGCUGCUUUUUCUUGUCGUGCUUUUCUUCGGCGAAGUUUACGUCCUGGCUGAUUGAACCAUGUCCGAACCCGCUUUUGC